AAGGAGAUUAUCUUCCUCAGACAAGAAAAUGAGAGAAAGACUGCUGAAGUAGAUAAAUUGUUCAGCCAGCUUCUUGAAAAGGAAGAUAUUCAAAAGGAGAAAGAAAUGGAACUCCUAGAUGUGCGUGGAAGGAACUUUGAGCUCAAAGCAAAGCUUGAUAAAGCAAUAGAAAAACUCAAAGAAAUCCUCCAGCAGAAGAAAAAUGAGAAAGACAAGGACAAAAAGGAUCGGGAGCUGCAAUUAAAGCUUGAUGAAGCUCUGCAAAAAAAUACAGAAAUCCUCCAAGAGAAGAAACGGCAGGACAUAGAACUCCAAAACUUGGGGAUCAAAUACAAAGCAUUGCUUCAAGAGAAAAAGCAACAACCGAUCAAACAGAAAGAAAGCAAGCUUGAAGACUCGGAGGAAAACUACAGAGAGCUGAAAACAAAGCUUGAUAAAGCACUGCAAAGAAAUAACCAGAUUCUUCAAGAAAAAGAACAACUGGAAAGAAACCAGAGAGACAUGCGGUGCCAACUCCAAAGCAUGGAGGAAAAAUGCCGAGUCCUGGAAGUAAAACUUGAUAAAACUGCAGUGCACAAGCAGAAAUAUCAAGAGCUGCUUCAAGGGAAAGAACAACAGGACAUAAAGCAGAAAGAAGACAAACGUUUACUCCAGGGCUUUGAGAGGGAAAACCAAAAGCUGCAAGAACUUUACAAGAAAAUGAACUACAAAGCAACUGAAAUGGAAGGAGAGAAGGAGAAACUGCGAAAACAAUGCUCAGCGAUGCAGAGUCAGCUCAAUGACAUGCUGACAAAAAACACCGAACUCGAGGAACUUUCAAACACCUUGAAGUGCAAAAACACUGAGGUGCAGGUGCUAAAGCAGCAACUCCAGAAAACAAAUGAAGACCUGCAGUGCAAACUUCAAGAAAUGGAGAGGAAAAGUCAACAGUUAGAAGACGCUCACAACAAAUUACAAGAGCGUUAUACAGAGAUGCAGGAGGCAAAGGUAAUGCAGGAGGCAACUUCUAAUGAGUUGAAAGAAAGGCUCAAAGACAAACAAGCCGAAUUAGAAGAAGUGGAGAAAACAUGCAGGAGACUUGAGAAGGAGAAUACAGAAACAAUCGAUCAGCUGAGAAACCUGAUCCUAGAGAAAAAGGUUCUCGUGGAAAAGCUCCUGGAAAAGAAGAAGAAACGCUUCCGCUUCUUCUGGAGGAAGGACACUCAUGCUUUGUCUGGUUUUUCCACUGCUGAUGUCACCUCGUCUUCCUCCACCUUUGUUCCAUCAUAAUUUUGACCUGCCCUCUCCUGCCCUCUCCCUCUCUCCUGACACCUUGACACCUCUCCCUCCCCUAGCUCCCUUGAACUCCUAACACCUGUCCCAUCUCCCUCCCCCCUCUCUCUCUUUUCACCCUCACCCCCCAACCAGUCCCGACAGUUGACUGCCCCCUCUAGAGCCUGGUUCUGUCAUAGGUUUCUUCCUUUAAAGGGAGUUUUUCCUAUCCACCGUCGCCUAGUGCUUGCUCAGAGGGCAUUGUUGGGGUUUUCUCUCCUCUAUCUCUUUCCUCCUUUCUAUCCCUUUCCUUGA